AUGCCGCGUCACAGAGGGGAAGAGGAUGAUGUAGACGAAGACUACGAUGGAAUGGAAUUAGAGGAGGAGGAGGAAGAGGACGAAGGAAGAAGCCGUGGCGGCGGCUCGAGGCAGAAGAGAGGAAGAUCGAGUUUUUUCGAUGAUUACGCGGAGGAGGAUUCCGAGGAAGAGGAGGACGAUGACGAUGAUGAAGAUUACGGCAGCCGCCGAGGAAAAGGAGGUGGAGGUGGAGCAGCUAAGAGAAAAAAGUCAUCCGCUGCUAUGUUCGUAGACGACAUCGCGGACCAGGUUGAUGAUGAUGAUGAAGAAGGAGACGAAGAAGAUGGAGAAGAUGGAUUCAUAGUGGAUACUGGAACGGAUCUUCCGGAUGAGCGUGUUGAUAGACGGAGGUAUCACGACCGCGGAUUUGACGAAAACGAUGAGGAUGUGGACGAUCUGGAGAGGAGAAUUCAGGAGAGGUUCUCUAGGCCUCAGGAGGAUUAUGAUGAAGAAGCUACAGAUGUGGAGCAACAAGCUCUUUUGCCUUCUGUCCGUGAUCCAAAGCUCUGGAUGGUCAAGUGUGCGAUUGGCCGUGAAAGGGAGGUUGCGGUGUGUCUUAUGCAAAAAUACAUAGACCGAGGAUCGGAUUUGCAGAUCAGAUCUGUUGUUGCACUCGACCAUCUUAAAAACUAUAUAUAUGUUGAAGCAGACAAGGAAGCUCACGUCAAAGAGGCAAUCAAGGGAAUGAGGAAUAUAUAUGCUAAUCAGAAGAUCUUACUUGUCCCCAUUAGAGAAAUGACAGAUGUCCUCUCUGUUGAAAGCAAAGCAAUUGAUCUUUCUCGGGAUACCUGGGUUAGAAUGAAAAUCGGGACGUACAAAGGUGAUCUUGCUAAGGUGGUUGAUGUUGAUAAUGUGCGUCAGAGGGUUACUGUCAAGUUAAUUCCAAGAAUUGAUCUGCAGGCUCUAGCCUCUAAGCUGGACGGAAGAGAAGUUGCGAAGAAAAAAGCCUUUGUUCCACCUCCACGUUUCAUGAACAUUGAUGAAGCUAGGGAAUUGCACAUACGUGUUGAGCGUCGGCGUGAUCCCAUGACCGGUGACUACUUUGAAAACAUUGGUGGUAUGCUUUUCAAAGAUGGCUUCAUGUACAAAACAGUAUCGUUGAAGUCCAUCAUUGCUCAGAACGUUACACCAACUUUUGACGAGCUUGAAAAAUUCAACAAACCAAGUGAAAACGGGGAGAGCGGCGACUUUGGUGGUCUGUCGACUUUAUUUGCAAACAGAAAGAAAGGUCAUUUCAUGAAGGGUGAUGCAGUUAUCGUUAUUAAGGGGGAUCUCAAAAACUUGAAAGGUUGGGUUGAGAAAGUGGAUGAAGACAACGUUCUUAUCAGAUCAGGAUUGAAAGGUCUCCCUGAUCCUCUCGCUGUAAAUGAGAAAGAGCUCUGCAAAUACUUCGAGCCUGGAAAUCACGUGAAGGUUGUUUCUGGGACACAUGAAGGAGCAACAGGCAUGGUGGUCAAAGUUGAUCAACAUGUGCUUAUCCUUCUGUCUGACACGACCAAAGAACAUGUCCGCGUGUUUGCUGAUCAUGUUGUUGAGAGCUCAGAAGUGACAACUGGUGUUACCAAAAUCGGGCAAUAUGAACUUCAUGAUCUUGUGCUUCUGGAUAACCUCACUUUUGGAGUAACUAUACGGCUAGAGAAUGAAGCUUUUCAGGUUCUUAAAGGGAAUCCUGACAGACCAGAGGUUGCUCUUGUCAAACUCAGAGAAAUCAAAUGCAAGCUUGAUAGGAAAAUUAGUGUUCAAGAUCGCUACAAAAAUGUCAUUUCUGUGGGUGAUGAUGUCAGAAUCGUCGAAGGUCCUAGCAAAGGUAAACAAGGUCCCGUGAGGCAUAUUUACAAAGGGGUCUUAUUUAUAUAUGAUCGCCAUCACCUUGAGCAUGCCGGAUUCAUCUGCGCUAAAUGCACAUCAUGCGUUGUUGUUGGUGGAUCACGUUCUGGUGCUAAUAGAAGUGGUGGUGAUUCCUUAUCAAGAUUUAGCAAUUUCAAGGCUCCUGCCCCAGUGCCUCCAUCUCCAAGACGAUUUCAACGCGGAGGCAUGGGAUACAACGCAAGAGGAAGGGGCAGGGGUGGAAGAGGAGGGAGAGACGAUUCUUUGUUGGGCACUACUGUUAAAAUCCGUCUAGGACCUUUCAAGGGAUAUAGGGGACCUGUAGUAGAAGUGAAAGGAGAUUCAGUGCGUGUUGAACUUGAGAUGAAGAUUGUGACAGUUGAUCGAAAUGCAAUAUCAGAUAAUGUGGCUGUGACAACACCGUCUCGAGAUACAUCUCGGUAUAGCAUGGGAAGUGAAACACCUAUGCAUCCUUCACGGACUCCACUUCAUCCUUAUAUGACUCCUAUGCGGGACUCUGGAGCUACACCGAUCCAUGAUGGAAUGAGGACACCCAUGCGUGAUAGAGCGUGGAAUCCUUACACGCCUAUGAGUCCACCUAGGGAUAACUGGGAAGAAGGGAACCCAGGAUCUUGGGGAACGAGUCCUAACUAUCAACCGGGAAGUCCUCCUUCAAGGGCAUAUGAAGCACCAACUCCUGGGUCAGGAUGGGCUAGUACACCCGGUGGUAGUUACUCAGAUGCGGGGACACCUAGAGAUAGUGGUUCAGCCUAUGCUAAUGCCCCAAGUCCUUACCUUCCAUCUACACCUGGACAACCUAUGACACCAAGCUCGGCUUCAUACUUACCUGGAACUCCCGGAGGACAACCAAUGACUCCUGGAACUGGCCUCGAUGUCAUGUCUCCUGUUAUAGGUGGAGAUGCUGAAGCAUGGUUCAUGCCUGAUAUAUUGGUUGAGAUACACAAGGCUGGAGAAGACAGCGAUGUGGGCGUCAUCCGAGAUGUCUCGGAUGGAACGUGUAAAGUGUCUCUCGGGUCGAACGGUGAAGGUGACACUAUAAUGGCUCUCCCGGGCGAACUGGAGAUAGUUCCUCCGAGGAAGAAUGAUCGUGUGAAAAUCGUUGGCGGCCAAUAUCGUGGUUCUAUAGGUAAGCUGAUCGGAAUCGACGGAUCAGAUGGUAUCGUUAAGAUUGAGGAUAAUCUCGACGUCAAGAUUCUGGAUCUGGCCAUACUAGCCAAGUUUGUUCAACCGUGAGAUUUGCUCUGAUCAACUUUGAGUUUCCAUCUUGUGACCGUUUAUUGUAUUUUUGAAUGAUAGUUUAUAAAGAAACUUCGAAUCUUAUUUCUAGAUGACGAUGUGCCAGUGUUCUCUUUCCUACCUUUCAUGAAUUGAAUAAAUCUUACGAUUGAUUGGAA